AUGGAUAAAAUAAACUGCACCAUGAUUACAGAAUUUGUCUUUUUUGGACUAUCUGAGAAUUCCAAAUAUCAGAUUCAUUUGUUUCUACUAUUUUUAUGUAUCUAUGUUAUUUCGUUCAGUGGAAAUGCCUCCAUUAUUCUUCUCUAUAACUUGAGUUCAAAUCUUCACAAUCCUAUGUACUUUAACCUUGCCAACUUCUCCUUUACAGAAAUAUGUUACAUUUCAGCUAUAGUUCCCAAAAUGUUAGCAAAUUUUCUAUCAGAGCGUAAAGCAAUCUCUUUCUAUGGUUGUGCCAUUCAAAUGUAUUGUGGAUUUCUCUUUGGUAGUGUGGAGUGCUAUAUGCUAGCAGCCAUGGCAUACGAUCGAUAUAACGCCAUAUGUCGUCCAUUAUCAUACACGACAAUUAUGAGUAGAAAAGUGUGUAUUCAGCUCAUUACCGGAUCAUGGCUCAUUAGUGCAGUGAAUUCUUUAAUACACAACAUCCUUACAUUCACUUUACCUUUUUGUGGAAACAAUACGAUUAACCAUUUUGCUUGUGAUGUCCCUCCUGUGCUGAAACUGGCAAGUACAGAUACCUGGAUCAAUGAGAUCGUCUUGUUUGCCGUAGGUGGCUGCGUUAUCAUUGUUUCCUUCGUACUAACAAUGGUGUCCUAUGUAAACAUUAUCUCAGCUAUUUUUACUAUCCAUUCGAGUUCCGGAAGGAAAAAAGCAUUGUCAACCUGCACCUCUCACUUUAUAGUAGUUGCAAUAUUCUACGGUUCUACCACUUUUAUGUAUUUCAGACCCAAAUCAGAGUAUUCACUGGAUCAGGACAGACUGGUCUCUGUUAUGUACACCAAUAUUGCUCCUCUAUUAAACCCUUUUAUAUAUAGUAUCAGAAAUAAUGAUGUAAAAUUAGCUUUUGUACACAUAAUAAACCAGAUAAAGACAGAGUCUAAAAAAUUAUUUUAA